AUGAAUUCGAACCCAAAUGAAACCAUGUUCCUUUCAAUUACACCAGUGGAUGAGGCGACGCACAGGUACACUGUAUGCCUUGCUGCGCCACCCCAUAUUGUGUCAGAUGGGUUAUGGGGUAGUGCUGCAGCAAAUAGGAAACCAAUGAAAUCUUUUCUCCCAUUGUUUGAGUUACAGGUCCUUUUAAUAUUUGCCAUCACCCAAAUCUGUCGUCUCCUCCUCAAUCCCUUGGGCCUCCCUAUAUUUAUUUCACAGAUGUUGGCUGGCCUCAUUCUUCAAGCUUGUUUUGCGUUGGAUCCAUUUGCCUCAUACAUGAGGCUCUUGUUUCCGUAUGGAACUCACGACACCAUUACCACAAUAUCAUCUAUUGGUUUUGUUCUCUUCAUUUUUAUAAACGGUGUACAAAUGGAUUUUGGUUUGAUAACAAGGAUGGGUAAGAGGGCAUGGACCAUUGCCAUAUCCGGAUUGCUAGUACCCAUAUUUUGUGCCAUUUCCAUACUAAGCUUAUUUCCAUUUGGCCACUCUGGAAACUACGAUGAUUUGGUUGUUGCAUUGGUCUCCCACACCGUAAUUUCAUUUGCGGUCAUUUCUUCCUUUCUUAAUGAACUUCAAAUCCAAAACUCCGAACUUGGGAAAUUGGCAUUAUCUUCAGCAUUGAUCAGUGACGUAUUGUGCACAAUCGUUACCUCCACCGGCACUGCUGUUAUGGUUACUGAGGAUUCUAAUGUCAAAGAGGUUACAAGAAACAUCUUGUCUUUGAUAUGCAUGGGUAUCUUAAUCCCAUUAGUGUGUCGCCCAGCAAUGUUAUGGAUCAUCAAACAUACCCCGGAAGGGAGAGCUGUGAAGGAUGGUUACGUUUAUGUUAUCAUCGUACUGCUCUUCAUUUUAGGUUGGCUUUCCGUUAAAAUAAAUCAAGAAUUCGUGCUUGGAGCUUUCAUUUUGGGAUUGUCUGUUCCAGAAGGACCUCCACUAGGAUCUGCAUUGGUUAAGAAGCUUAAUUUCUUUGGUACCACCUUCCUUUUGCCAAUCUUCGUCUCUAUCAGUGUGUUGAAAGCAGAUUUUUCCGCCACUCAUUCAUCCACAUCAGUUAUGACUAUGACUUUCGUCGUCAUCUUCACUCAUUUGGUUAAAAUCAUAGCAUGCCUUGUACCUUCCCUCUAUUGCAACAUGCCGUGGCGUGAUGCUCUCUCUCUUGCCCUCAUUUUGAACACCAAAGGCGUUGUGGAAAUUGGCCUCUUCUGCUUCUUAUACGACACCAAGGUAAUUGAUGGGCUAGGAUUCGGAGUAAUGAUUUUGAGCAUAAUGGUGGUAGCAUGCAUUGUGCAAUGGUCUGUCAAGUUUUUGUAUGACCCUUCAAGAAAAUUCGCUGGAUACCAGAAAAGGAACAUGAUGAAUUUAAAACCGUGGUCUGAGCUGAGGAUGCUGGUGUGCAUUCAUAAACCAAGUCACAUAUCGUCAAUGAUAGAUGUGCUUGACCUGUGUUGUCCAACAACAGAAAGUCCAAUCAUUGUGGAAGUAUUGCAUCUAAUAGAGCUAGUUGGACGCGCCCUACCCAUUUUUAUUCCCCAUCGCCUUCGAAGGCAAGCAUCAGGAUUGCAACACAAGUCAUACUCUGAUGAUGUCAUUCUUACUUUUGACAUUUAUGAGCAUGACAACCCACAUGCUGUAUCUGCAUACCCUUGCACAGCAAUAGCUCCACCCAACCUCAUGCAUGAAGAUGUUUGCAACCUUGCCUUUGACAAAGUUGCUUCCAUCAUAAUUCUUCCAUUUCAUCAAAGAUGGUCUAGUGAUGGGGAAGUUCAAUUUGAUGACAAGAACAUAAGGACACUAAAUAAUAGGGUCCUAGAAAUAUCUCCAUGCUCGGUUGGAAUACUUGUGACUCGUGCCUCUCACCAAAUUAGAGGUUCAACCACUCGAUUAGCACUAAUUUAUUUGGGCGGACAUGAUGAUGAAGAGGCAUUGUGCAUAGCUAGGAGAGCAAUUAGGAACCCAGAGGUGAACCUUGUUGUUUACCACCUUGUUUUUAAAGAAGAUGAUGAGUGGGGACAAGAAGUGGAUGAUGAGCUAGAAGAUGUGAAGCAUGCACAUGAACAUAAUAUAAGGUAUCAACAAAUCAUAGCAAAAGAAGGGGCCCAGACAGCUGCUUUUCUUAGUGACAUAGUGAAAGAGCAUGACUUCUUUCUAGUUGGGAGGCGCCAUGGGAUUGAGUCCCCUCAAACUGAUGGACUUACAGACUGGAGCGAAUUCCCAGAAUUAGGUGUCAUUGGUGAUUUUCUUGCUUCACCAGAUUUGGAGAGUCGUGCAUCAAUUUUGGUCGUGCAACAACAACUCUCAUCAAAGGCACAUUCUGGCUGGUUAUUUUAGUUCUCUAGUCAAAACAACAACACAAAUGCAUUUUUCUUUUUUUUGAGAAAUUCCAUGACAUUCUUCAAACUUUAAGAGUUUUGCUAUUGUUAUUUAU